AUGGCUGCGCUGGCGAUACAAAGGACUGACAACUUUUUGCACACCUUUUUACAGGACCGGACGCCCAGCUCCUCUCCAGAGGGAGCACCCAACGCCCUCUCCUUCCUGGCCACCACCUGUAGCCAGGCCUGGCAGGUGGGAGGCACAAUGGGCUCCGAUGGCUCCCAGUUCCCGUACGAGGGCACCGUCAGUUCCACAUCAGGAAUGUUCCAGCUCUGGAGCAACGACAUGACACCCAGCACAGCCCUCAGCACACACCAGAUGACCUUCACGGUGCCUAAGGUGCAGUUUCCCGGACACAUGCAGCCCAGUCUGGGUCACCAUCAUCAUCACCCCCAUCAUCACCACCACCAUGAGUUGCCUCUCACCCCUCCGGCUGAACCUCCUUCGUCCUACUCCUUUGAACUUUCCCCUGUCAAAGUGUUGUCCUCGCAGCAGCAAACCACCGGCCCCUAUUACCCUCAGCACAACAGUAUGGGACAAAACUUCCCCAGCUUCCUCCAGAACUCCUCCGCCAGGCAUCAUCUGCCUGGAGGCCAUGUGGAUGAAGGGCAGCAAUGGUGGAGCCUACCGCAAACCAAUGCCACACCAUCCAACCAUCCCUUCUCCAUAGGCAGACAGCUGGUUUUGGGCCACCAGCCGCAGAUAGCUGCUCUUCUCCAAGGCACCUCCAAGGGCCUCCUGAGCUCCACACGCCGCUGCCGCCGCUGCAAGUGCCCCAACUGCCAAGCGAAUGGUGGGGGGUUAGAGUUCGGAAAGAAGAGACUGCACAUCUGCCACAUCCCAGAGUGUGGCAAAGUGUACAAGAAGACCUCUCACCUCAAGGCACAUCUGCGCUGGCACGCUGGGGAGAGGCCCUUCAUCUGUAACUGGCUCUUCUGCGGUAAAAGCUUCACCCGUUCAGAUGAGCUACAGCGACAUCUCCGCACACACACAGGGGAGAAGCGCUUUGGGUGCCAGCAGUGCGGCAAGAGGUUCAUGAGGAGUGACCACCUCUCCAAACACGUCAAGACCCACCAGACCAGGAAGAGCCGGUCUGGGCCGCCUUCACAGAGCACGGACCCUCUGCUCACCAAUAUCAAGAGAGAGUGA